AGCGCUCUCUCCUCGCGACAGAGCGCAUGCGUACAUCGGAGCAGAAUGUUGAGCAAAACGGACUAGAGCAGAAACGGAAAGACGCGCAAGCAAAUUCAAACAUAUUUUUCCUUAGCGAAGUGAACGACUGUCGACCUAGAAUAUAACUUAUAAAAACAUGACGGAGCCCCAGUCAGCACUGUUACUCAGGAGACAGCUAGCAGAACUGAAUAAAAAUCCUGUGGAAGGUUUCUCAGCCGGUUUGAUAGAUGAUAAUGACCUCUACAGAUGGGAAGUGCUAAUAAUCGGCCCUCCUGAUACACUUUAUGAGGGUGGUGUUUUUAAAGCCCAUCUUACGUUUCCCAAAGACUAUCCUCUCAGGCCUCCUAAAAUGAAGUUCAUAACAGAAAUAUGGCAUCCAAAUGUUGACAAAAAUGGUGAUGUUUGUAUUUCAAUAUUGCACGAGCCGGGGGAGGAUAAAUAUGGCUAUGAGAAACCAGAAGAGCGCUGGCUCCCCAUUCACACCGUAGAGACCAUCAUGAUUAGUGUCAUCUCAAUGCUAGCUGACCCCAAUGGAGAUUCCCCUGCCAAUGUUGAUGCAGCAAAAGAGUGGAGGGAAGACAGACAUGGUGAAUUCAAAAGAAAAGUUGCCCGCUGUGUAAGAAAGAGCCAAGAGACUGCCUUCGAGUGAUAUUCAUCUAGCAGCUUGUAGCUUCACUAUUUUCAGGGUCUCCAGUUGAGAAACAACUUGGCACUGUUUUCUUGCACUCUACCACCCUAUUGCUGGACUGGUUUUCAUUGAAUGUUGGCAGUAACAGACUGGCAUUAAUAGGCUGCAAUAGAACAUAAGGCCAUCACAGAUGCUGACAGAACACGCCAAGCAAGUGCCAACAAAAAAAGAGAAAAAAAACCUAAACAAUUAUGCUCUUUUUUUUUUUUUUUUCCAAGUCUAUGAACUGAUACAACUUUUCAGGAAGAGAUUGUAAAGAUGUGUACAUAGCACAGACAUAAAAACCGGAUAAUAUAUAAUAACUUGUUCCUAUCCAUCCAGCAAGACUUAGUACCAAAUAAAAUAGCAGUUCUGUAGAUAGUGUGACAUCAUGUAAAGUUCUUGAAGACUAUAGUUCAUCUCCCACCUUCCCCCUCUGGCUGCCUCACAUCUAGUGUGCAUCAAAUCUGUUACAGGUGCAAGUGGCCUCAAAUACCCACUUGUCAGUUUGAACAAAAGUCUGCUUUGGCAUUUCUCACUCAAAGUCGAUCCAGUUUUAGGGUGGGGAAGGCAGGGGUAAGCUAUCAAUAGGAUUCAAAGCAUGCUCGUCAUGAUGGAAGGCUUUCUCAAUCGGCACACUUCAGGUAAAAUAGCUGUAAAGCACGGUCAUAUUCUUAUUAAUUAGGGGUCAUGAAGGUAUUUCUCUGAUUUGGUUUUAAAUGGGGUGGGAGGGGAGUGCUCUUAUCUUGGCUGAAAGGAUGACUGCAUUCUGAGUGUCAGGUUCUCAUCUUUUCUCUUUUGUCGUCCAUUUGAGGCAGGGAGGCAAUGGCAAGGAAACCCAUCAGAUGUGAUUUUUCUUUAUUCUGCAUGUUUUUAAGUUCUCUUUUGUUUUCAAAAGUGCCUCCAGUUUAAACCGCUUGGCUUGUUAUGUGCCCUGCAUCAAACAGGAGCUAAAGGGAGAAACAUGUUUAAGAACUGCUCAACAUCCUCUCAAGCUUGUGUGAAUGUGAGGUUUUUUUCAUAACCCUUGUACCAGCAUUCUGAAUUAUUUUGGUGUAGCAAUAACUCUGCUUUGCCCACAUAAUGUGCGGACAUCUUAAAAUUGGAUAUUGGUAUGCGAUUUCUAGUAAAGAUUCUCCCUUGUAUCAGAGCAGAAUUUUUUUUUAUUUUUUUUUAUUUUUUGAGCUUGACACCCCUAUUGUGUGGUUUCUUUGAUAGGUUUCUUAGCCAUGCUUUAAAUGUAGAUUUCUUGCAAACAGUUUCUGGGAUUUCAGAUGAGGUGUGUGUGUGUGUGUGUGUUUAAGGGCGAUUGAGCAGAGGUGUGUGUGUGUGUGUGUGUGCGCACGUGCGCAUGCCUGUAUCCCACUCUCUCUCCUCCCACAAUCUUUAAUUCUCUGGUUAAUUUUAUUCUGGCUCUGACAGACUACUGCAGUUCUUUUGCCUAAUGUACAAAGACAAAAUACCGAUGUAUAUUUUUCAUGUUAUGGAAAUUGUCACCUCUAGUGAGUUCUUCUAAAAUAUAAUUUUUUUCCAAUACUUGUUUGAGUGUGCUGUCUGUGUUUAAAGUGUUGUCACAAACUUGAAAGUGUUACGAAAUUUAUCCAUUCAUUAAUACCAGCGUAACUAUAAAUGUAUGUGCUUUUUAUUAAGAUUAUUCUUCUCAAAACAUGACAAUUUUACAUAAACCAUUGGCUGAAAAGUG